AUGUCCAGUCUUUCCACUAAAUCGGGAAAUCUCGAGUUCGACGAAGCUUCUCAAAAAGAACUCGCAAAAUUUCUUGAAGGCGAGAACUCAAAAAUGAGACUUCAACAAUCGAUCCAUACCUUUACCGAUCUUUGUUGGGAUAAAUGUGUCACUAAAAUCAGUAACAAAAUUGAUCGUGUAAAAAGAUUAGAAGAAACACGAAACAAACUUUGA